CUUUCUUUCCUCUUUUAGUUUUUUUUCUUUCCUCGUCGUCUUCAAUGAAAUAAGCAGCAAAAAAUUCCUUAAAUCCUAACCCUUCUUCACCUAAAACCCUAAAACCAUGAAAAAUGACAACGAUCCCAUAGCAAUGGAAGCCCGAUCUGAUCAUUCAAAAAAUGCCCAAUAUAUUAAAACCCUAGUUCCAGGUCCUCUCUCUUCCUCUUCGCGAACCCUCCCUUCCAAUCAAGAAUUUAAUUUCUUUAACAACUUCGACAAUUUCAGACUCCCCAUCAAUCAAAUCGAUAAGACAUCGGAUUCUUUGCUGCAAAUCAUUGGCUCGUCGUCUAAAAACUCGGGCCCCAACAAUUCGAUCAAUUUUCCUAACAACAUUGACAGGAUAGCCGACGAUGAAGCUUAUCGUUGGCUCACUGGUAUGAACGACGGAAUCUUGGAACAAUUCAACGUUUCCGUCGACGAAUUUCAAAAGAUUCGAGAGAAAGAAGAGGAAAUGGGUUGCGUUGAUGGGUCGGAUCCGAGCAAUAACGGGUUUCAAUUGGUUCAGGGUAAUAAAAAAAAGAAAGGGGAUGGUGGUUUAACAAGAGACUCAGUUUGUGAGUCACCGAGUGGGAUGGAAGGUUGGAAUUCGAGUUCUUAUUCGGGAGUGAAGGUGAAGAAAGGGGCGUUGGCAGCGGUGACGACGGGGAAAGCGAAAGUUCCAUUCCAUAUACCUUCGAUAAGGAAGCCGCAGGAAGAGUAUAAUAUUCUUGUGAACAAUUCGAAUGAGCCUUUUGUACAUGUUUGGUUGCAGAAGACUGAGGAUGGGCAGCGUUUUGUUCAUCCAAUGGAAAAAGAAUCUGUUAUGGAUUUUGUGGAUAAAGAUAUAGCAGAUAUUGAGCCCAUAAUACCCCCAUCAAUUGAGUCUACCCCAUUCAAGCUGGUUGAGGAAGUAAAAGAUUUGAAAGAGUUAGCAGCUAAAUUACGCAGCGUGCAUGAGUUUGCGGUUGAUUUGGAGCAUAAUCAAUAUCGAUCUUUCCAAGGAUUGACUUGCUUGAUGCAAAUUUCUACCAGAACCGAGGAUUUUGUUGUAGAUGCUUUGAAGCUUCGAAUUCAUAUCGGUCCAUAUCUUAGGGAAAUAUUCAAAGAUCCCGCAAAAAAAAAGGUUAUGCAUGGAGCAGACAGGGAUAUCUUGUGGCUUCAACGGGACUUUGGCAUAUACUUGUGCAAUCUCUUUGAUACUGGACAGGCCUCGAGGGUCUUGAAAAUGGAAAGAAAUAGUUUAGAGCAUCUUCUGCAACACUAUUGUGGAGUUACUGCCAACAAAGAGUACCAGAAUGCAGAUUGGAGAUUGCGUCCUCUUCCUAGUGAAAUGCUUAGAUAUGCUAGAGAAGAUACACAUUAUUUGCUAUAUGUUUAUGAUUUAAUGAGGAUCAAAUUGCUCUCGAUGCCCAAGGAACCUGAACAUAUUGAUGCUCCUUUGGUAGAGGUCUACAAGCGAAGUUCUGAUGUAUGCAUGCAACUGUAUGAGAAAGAGCUGCUGACGCCAAAUUCAUAUCUCAACAUAUAUGGGUUGCAGGGGGCUGGUUUCAAUGCUAGACAGCUAUCAAUUGUUGCUGCGCUUUGUAGAUGGCGAGACUAUAUCGCUCGUGUUGAGGAUGAAAGCACUGGUUACAUUUUGCCAAAUAAAGUACUUCUUGAAAUUGCCAAUCAGAUGCCUGUAACAGCUAGCAAGUUACGUCAAUUGUUAAAAUCUAAACACCCUUACGUGGAGCGAUAUCUCGUUGAUGUUGUUGACAUCAUCAGACAUUCAUUGCAAAAUGUUAUUGCAUUUGAAGCUGCUGCUCAACAACUUAGAAUGGGGCGUCUGCUAAAUGCAUCUGGAGAACAUGUAAAUGGUAGAACAGAUGGGACUAAACAGUUCACUCCGUAAUCUGACUGCAAAUUGAUGAUGGGAGCUAGACGACGAGCCGCUUUUCCGGCAUCUGGGAAUCGAAUUGAUAGAUUCUGUUGAAGUCUCUCCCAUGGUGAAAAAAAAAAUCCAUGUAAGAGAAAUUGAAAC